GUGUGAAACCUCAGUCUCAGUCGAACUCUCGCCACUGACGAACCAUUUAAAAAAAGAAGCGCUCAUUUCCCAACCGUUACAAGAAUUCAAUCGCCCACCUCCAACUAAAACCAGACAGUGAUUUCCCAUCGUUGUUGUUGUUGUUGUUGUUCUUUUUGAAUCAAUCGAUCGACUCUGCACGCCGACAAUUAAAAGCAAUCACCGAAGAUGAUGGACAUGUCAGUUAUGCAGUCUUCACCUGGCCUCUUGAUGGCUCAUCAUCAGCAACAGCAACACCAUCACCAUCAGCAACAGCAAGCUGUUGCAAUGAGCAUGAUGCAGCAACAACAAACAUCGCCCGGAAACGGCAAGAAUGUCGGCGCAAGCGUAGGCCUGACCGGCGUUCUUUCCGAUCACAUCAAGAGGCCCAUGAACGCCUUCAUGGUCUGGUCCCGUCUUCAGCGCCGCAAAAUCGCGCAGGACAAUCCGAAAAUGCACAACUCGGAAAUAUCCAAAAGACUCGGUGCCGAAUGGAAACUGUUGAACGAGGACGAAAAGAGGCCAUUUAUCGACGAGGCCAAACGUUUAAGAGCUCUGCAUAUGAAGGAGCAUCCGGACUACAAGUACCGACCCCGUCGCAAACCCAAGCCGAGCAUGGCCAACAAAACGGCGGCCUAUUCGUUCCCGAUGCCCUACUCACUUGGCGGUAUGAACCCGCAUCAUCACGCAGCCGCCGCCGGACUCGACACCCUCUCUUGGCUAUCGGCCGCCCAGCACGCCGCUUCCGUUCAAGCCGCCAGCGUGAAUUCGACUUUAUCGGCCACGACGACCACCACCAACAGCACGACGGCCGGCAGUUUGUCGUCAUCUGCUUCAUCUGUUGCGUCGGUGACUCCUUCGCUCGACUUGGACAAGAGCCGCUUGUUUGGAUUCCCUUCGCCGUACGGCUCUCACCAGCAUCACUAUUACGGUAUGGCUGGACUUCCAGGAAUGCCCGGAUUGGCCGGAUUGGCCGGACUUCCCAAUCUCAACGCAAAUAAUAACGGACACAGAAUGUCACCGGACAGCAAUUCGCCCGUCAGUCGAAUGGACGGAUUCGGUAUGAAAGGAUCGCCAUCGCCAGUUGCGUCUGUCAACUCGACAUCCGGCGGCAAUGGAAGUAAUAGUAACAACGGCUGCGUCGUGAGUACGUCGGCCGGAAUCCCUCAACAUCAUCAACAACAGCAAUCACCGGCCGCUCUCUAUUCGUCGUUGAUGUACACCAAGGCUAGCGCUGCAGCCGCCGCUUCUUACCACCAGGCGGCUCAAGCGGCCGCUGCCGCCGCCGGAAUGCAAUAUCCCGUCGCUCCGGCUGGCUAUCCCUCCCUAGAUCAACUGGCUGGACUACGAAGACCCGUACCCGUUCUCUACUGAAACAUCUCCACUUGACGCUUUUACUUAUUUUAAUUCUUUGGACUGUUCCUUUUAAUAAUCUACAAGAAAAUCAGAUGAAUGUCUUUUUAAUUUAAGCAUUUCAGAGAGAGAGAGUAGAGGGACAACACCGGUGAUUCGAGGCAUCUUACCUGUAACUGCAUCCCCCCCCCCAGCAAAAAAGAAAAAGAAAGAAAAAAAAAAAAGUCAAAUUUGGUGUAAAUGUUAACUUUUCUUCAAUCUCGUAUUCCCCUUUUAAUUCUUUUUUUGUAUUCACACAAGUAAUUUUCUUUUCCCAAGAAUUCACAUUUGAUGUUCCAACGCAUUACGAUAUAUUUGAAAAAAGCAACAAAGGCGAAAGAAAGAACAAGCGCUGUUACAUUUUCUUUUUGAAAGUGCGUAUGCUAUAUAGGCCCUCACCUUAUAUAGAUGUGUGUGUGUGUGUGUGUGUGGACGCGUAUGUCUGCCUGAAAGAGAAGAGUAUAUUUUGUUCUUUUGUCAUAUCCCUCUUUUUUUUCCUCCCCUGCCGACUCGUUCAUUCGUUCGUUAAUUUAAUCAAUUGAAAUUUUGUGUUUUCUCUUGAUGUCACCUCAUCACGAUAGCAGUUUCCCUCAUAUACUACAUGUUUCUGAUUGUCGUCUGCUGUACAUACGGUGUGUGUCUUUGUGUCCAUGUAAUUACAACGAGCUCAUUAUAAACGGAUAAAAAAAUAA